AUGCUUGAUGAAGAGCACCAGACGCUACCUGUCGGUCCUGGAGGUAAGAACACCUACACAUUGGGUAGGAUAGAACACCACAACAUCGUUUUGGUAUGCCUCCCCAGUUACGGCACCUCCAAGGCUGCCGCAGUGGCUAGCCACAUGCUCCGGAGUUUUCCCAACAUCCAGGCUGGAUUCAUGGUCCGCAUUGGUGGCGGCGUUCCAACGGGUGAUGCUGAUAUACGGCUUGGCGACAUUGUCGUUGGCAAUUUAGUCGUGCAAUACGAUCUCGGAAAGACGGCGAGAGACGGCAAGUUCGAGCGGACAAGUGGCUCUGGCAAGUCGCCGCCAGACAACCUCAAAAUGGCUGUCCAAAACCUACGUGGGCGACACAGCUUGCAGCCGAGCCGAAUCGCUCAUAUUCUUUCCAAGACGUCGGAGUGUCAUCCAUCCACUACAGAAAAGUAUGGCCGUCCCGCUACAUUUCUGGACAGGCUCUUCGAGGCUGCCUACGACCACAUUGAGGAACCCAGUGUUCGAAAGGCCACACCUUGUGCGCGCUGCGACGUUUCACGACUUGUUCAAAGGCCGGCGCGAUCUAACCAGGACUUCAAGAUUCACUACGGCAAGAUCGCAUCUGGCAACCAGGUCAUAAAGCACGGAAAGACGCGUGACCACUUGGCCCAGGAGCUCGGUGCGGUGUGCUUCGAAAUGGAAGCGGCCGGUCUCGUUGACGCCAACUUCCCGUGCCUUGUGGUCUGUGGCAUUAGCGACUACGCAGACUCUCAUAAGAACAAUCUAUGGCAGGGCAGCCCAAAGUCCAUCCAGAGUUACUAG